GACCCGUUAACCUACUGUGGGCCUUAGUGUUCGCGCUGCCUUCGUGCCUUCCAUGUUGAUGGCUCAGAUUCUCGUUUUCUAUGUACCUUGGUUUCACAAUUAAUCGUCCUUGGAUAUUGGUAGCCAGAGGCGACCUAAGGGAAAGCCACUGAUGCCAAGUGGUUUGCAAAGAGAACCGGAACUAGCCGGUUCCCUCAGGAUCGAAGAGAAGUCGAAGAUUGAAUCGAGAAGAUGAAGGGAUGGUUCGACGCGUUUCGAAUCGAUGGUGGACCCACGUUGUACAGUUAUAGUAAUCGCACACCCGUCACGGGAGAUGUUCCUCUGGUGAUCGUGUUCGUCGUCUUCGGCACCAUUUUCACCGCAUUCUUAGUCAUAUUUCCUGGGAUACGAAAAGAGCGUUUUAGCACGUUCCUCACGGUAACCUUGAGCCUUUUUGUUGGAGCAUCGAUUCAAGUUGCUCAGUAUGGAUCCUCCUGGCACACGAGCUCCGCAACUAUCGUCAGCACGUACAGUGCAUUUUCAAGGCAGAAAACUGCAGCUGAAAUUGGCGGAUAUAUCGGUUUGAUGCACAUAAACAUCACGUACAAAUUGUUACCAAGUAGCGAAAAUCCAAUGGACGAUGUAGAAUACAAUGAAAGAUUCUGGUGGAGAAGCACAGGAGAGAUGACAAACGCUUUCAAACAAGCUCUGAACCAGGGAGCACCUUUUCCUAUCGUUUCUCUAGCCGAAUAUUUUAGUCUUCACCAAGAAGGUUUCUCCUGGGGAAGCAAGUAUCGGCAGGCUGGCUACUACGCAUCGCUCAUGCUCUGGACGUCCUUUGCAUCUUGGGCCAUGAUGAAUCUGUUAUUAAUAGUAGUGCCACGAUACGGAGCUUAUGGAAUGAUCUUCACAGGGAUCUGUAUGUUAAUCACGAAUUUAGUUUACUGGGCACUUUUACCUUGCGAGCCUCUUAUAGCACAUGUAGACGGUUCCAUUCUUGCUUUUAAUUUAGGAUGGAAUUAUUGGCUUGUUUUACUAGCUGGUAUCGGAUGUUUAUUCGCUGGAGUGGUGAUAACAGCAAUAGACAUGAUUUUUCCUCAUCAAUUUUCCACCAUAUUAGAAGUUGAUUAUGAUACACCGUAUGAUAGACAUGUUAUUAUAGAAGAAAGUUUCGACACGAGGAAUAUCAGACGCAGACUACCUAAAAUAGAGGAUUCAUUUGGUGAUCGUAUAAUAAGUCAAUUAUCGUCAAAGUUGCAAAAUAGACAUGAUAUCAAGGAGGAAACACAAGGUGUGAUAAAUCGAGGAUAUACAUCGCAUGAAUCUUCAGAAUUUCAUCAUGAAUCUAAUGAUUCAUCAAAAAAUAAUUGGUCUUAUCCAUUUCCAUCAUCUUCUCGUAGAACUAUCAAUGGUUAAUCUUUUUGUAAUUAUCAUUUAUAUUUAUCCUUUUAUUGUUAGUAAAUUCUUCAACAUUUCAAAAGUUUUUAGUUCAUUUAAAAUUAUAAAUUUAACUCUAAAAUUCCUAUGGAGAAAGGAAAGGAAUAAACAAUGAUUUAUAAUAAAA